AUGGUUUUAGCACAGAACAAAGGCCGUCGCGAGACGCUCACGGUCGUGGACAACAGGACAAACCAGACCUACGAGAUCCCCAUUACUCACAAUUCCAUCCCAGCGACGGAAUUCAAGAAGAUCAAAGCCGAGCAAGGCAAUGAUCGCCCAGAAGAUGAGACUACGCAGGGUCUCAGGGUGUUUGAUCCCGCGUACAUGAACACUGCUGUUGUGCAGAGCAAAAUCACAUACAUCAACGGCCUAGACGGCGUCCUUCGGUACCGCGGAUAUCCGAUUGAGCAGUUAGUCGAGAAGAGCAACUUUCUCGAGUCAGCGUAUCUUCUCAUCUACGGAGACCUCCCUACCAAGGCGCAGUAUGAUGAGUGGCAGGGAGAGGUGAUGCAUCACACGUAUAUCCAUAGCGAUAUCGAGAACAUGUUCAAGUCGUUCCGCUACGACUCUCAUCCCAUGUCCAUGUUGAGCGCGGCGUUUGCGACACUCGGAGCUUUUGCUCCGGAGGCCAAUCCCUCGCUUGCGGGACAGAAACUCUACACCAACGCUGCGUCGGGUAAUAUGGAGUCCCUCAAGAUGCUGGACAAGCAGAUUCUUCGAAUCCUCGGAAAGGCUCCUACUUUGGCGGCUGCGUCGUACAGAAUGCGACAAGGCCGACCGUUCAACCGCCCUGCACAAGGCUUGUCGUACACUGGAAACUUCCUGUAUCUCCUGGAUAACCUAUCUGAGCCCGAAUACCAACCUCAUCCUGUUCUCGCCAAGGCCUUGGACAAGCUCUUCAUUCUCCACGCCGACCACGAAGUCAACUGCUCCACUGCCACGGUCCUCCAAGUUGGAAGUUCUCUAGUCGAUCCCUAUAGUGUCGUUGCUGCAGGAUGCGCAGCACUUUACGGCCCAUCCCACGGAGGAGCUUCCGAGUCAGCCAUCAGAAUGCUCAUCGAGAUCGGAUCCCCCGAGAACGUCCCCGCCUUCAUGCAAGCCGUCGAGAGAAGGGAACGCGUCCUCGUAGGCUUCGGCCACCGCGUCUACAAAAACGUCGAUCCCCGCUCAACAGCCAUCCGCAAGCUCGCCGAAGAAGUCUUCGAAGUCACCGGCCGCAACAAGCUCCUCGACACAGCCCUCACGCUCGCCGACUACGCGCGCAAGAGCGAAUUCAUGCGCAGCAGGAACUUGUACCCCAAUGUGGACUUUUACUCUGGUCUGAUCUACCAGGCCAUGGGAUUCCCGCUUGAUUUCUAUCCCGUUUUGUUUGCGGUCCCGCGAUGUGUUGGUUGGUUGGCGCACUGGAGACAGAUGAUGCUGAACAAGUCGGGUGUCAAGAUCUGGAGGCCGAGACAGCUUUAUGUUGGGGAGGGUGAGAGGGAGUACAUUGAUACUGAGGAUCGAAAGGAGAAGCCUGAUGCUACGGUUUUUGACGCUCCUGUCAAGGUUGAGCAUGGAGGAGAGAAGCAGAGAGCUGUUCUUGCUGCUCGUGCGGGGCUGAAGAGCAAGCUGUAA